CGCGCGGUGCCCGCGCCUGCGCGGAGCGCAGCGGCGUCAUGGCGGUGCCGGGCGGAGGUGCAAAGGACGACACGUUCAACGUGCUGGACCUGGCGGAGUACACCAAGAACCGGCCCUGGUGGCGCAAGAUCUUCGCCCCCAACUCGGGGUCGAGCGCUGAGAAAUACAAUGUGGCCACGCAGCUGGUGAUCGGAGGGGUCACGGGAUGGUGUACUGGAUUCAUCUUCCAGAAAGUUGGAAAGCUGGCAGCGACAGCAGUGGGAGGAGGCUUUUUCCUACUUCAGAUUGCAAACCACACGGGAUACAUCAAGGUGGACUGGAACCUAGUACAACGGGACAUGAACAAAGCCAAGCAGCAGCUGAAAUUUCACAGCAGUGGUAAUAAAAUGCCUCCAGAAGUGAAAAGCAGAGUGGAUGAGGUGGUCAUAUUUCUGAAGAAGAAUGUUGUCCUGACUGGAGGGUUUGCUGGAGGAUUCCUGCUUGGAAUGGCAUCCUAGAAACUGCACUCUCCUCUCAUGCCUGACCUCCCCUCCCCUACUGCUGUCUCUCACUUAGAAGUCAAAGGAUGUUGCCAACAGAGUCAGUUCCAUCUGCUCACAGGUUCCAGCCUGUAUUUCUUACAGUAGUGCUUCUGACUUCCACCUUUUUCUUCUGUCUGGGCUGUUAGUAUGCUGGCAUUGGUCUGGAAGCUUAAAACUCCCAGUGUGUCGUGAUUUCCCACCAAAUACGCCCAGUCUCAAAUUUUCUAAUGAGUUUCAACUUCAUAAAAAUGUGGCAGAGGAACCUCUUAAAUGUGCUUCUUCCAGGUGCUCAGGAUCGUUUGUGUACCUUUGUCUGCCAGCAUAUGUGUCAAACAGCUGUCAGCUCUUCACCACAAUUUAGCUUUCAGUAUUCCUGCCCUGGUACCUGGAAAACUUCUAUUCACCUCUCAGAGGUGAUAUGUGCAAUCCAAAAUGUGGUUGACUGUCCUGGAGUGGAUGCAGAAGUGUCAAAGGACAGCCUGAGGUGUGUCCAGGACAGGAGAAUAUGGAUUUUCCUGCCCUUCCCCUGCUGUUGCACUGCACAUAGAUGGCCAUUUGGCUUUGUCUCUGCUGGUAUCCUUCCCCAUACUGGAAUUGCAGCACUGGCACUGCUGAUGGAAACCGCACUGAGGCUGACUCGCAUCAUAUGUUCUGAAAGUCACCAAGUUCUGUGCUGUACAGCCACCUGACUGCUCAGCCUUGAGGCUCCCUCCUGCUUCCAGCAGGCCCAACCUGGCUGCAUCAGAUGGGAGCACUGGAAAUCACCCUGGGCCUCUGACUGGGGUUUCCACAUCUACCACAACCUUCUCUGGUUGCUUUGGUGUUGCUGGUGCUCUUUGAGCUGUAACCAUGUGGGACAGGAUUGUAGACAGGAAAUGCAUCCCUGCUCAGGGUAUAUUGUACUGGUCCAGGUCCCUGUUGCCAGCUGUACUGGAGAAAGGGGGAUGAUGUGAAAUCUGGAGUGCAGUCCUUUACUUGCCUCUGAAGAGCACAAAUUCCUUCUCCGUGGUCUCAGCAAGCAGCUGAAAUGACAAAACUUGUGAAAACCAGACUGUGCUCUUGUGAGAGCGGUUCAUUUGCAUACUUCUGCCUCAGUUAUGUUUCUUCCUGCUGUGUGUUUGCCAUUUCCACAAGAAAAGCUGUUUGCUUAAUUCCAUCAGCUGCAGCCCUUCUACUGCAGGAGGUGAGGCAGCCCAGGUGCAGAGCUCAGCUGUUUUUUGGACAAUCUGACUCAGUGUAGUUGUGUGCAGUAAAAGCAGACAUCCCCCAGAGCUAUUCUGCAAGCAUAGGGAGUUGCCUGAUGGUCUUGCCAAUGUGGUGAUGUCCUCCAGCAGGUAUAGAUAGGAGCUCUUGCUCAGAAUGUGGUGUUUUAUGUGGAAGUUAGCUCAUCCUUCAAUGGGAAACAUGGUAGGGAGCAAUGACACUCAUAGGUGGGUGGUUUGCAGCACCUGGCGCAGCAGCUGCACCCCAUUUCCAGUUCUGUGCAAUAGCUUUGUGAUCUGCUGCUCUCAGUGUGGCUGGAAAGGGGAUCUUCCCCUGAGAGCUGCUGGCAGAGCUGAAAUGGUGGUUCUUCCACCAGAGGGUUUGGAAUGAGCACUUGCAGUUGGUAAUUUUGUUUCAUCUCUGUUAAGUGUCCCUGUUAGCACCACAUUGAUUAGGCUGAGGUUUUUCUCACUUUUAGGAUCUGGAAAGAUGGUGCAGGUGAUCAAAAGAUAGAAGUUGCUGUCUUUGCUCCUGUCCUGCCAUACAUGGCCAAGGAGAAUGAAGGAGCAGGUGGGCUGACAUGCUUUUAACAAUGGCCUUCCUAAAGGCCAUCCUGGACCGCAGGAGUGAUGGGAUGCAGCAAAUAGGUCUUCAGUAAAUUGGCAUUUAGCAGUAGAGUGACAGAUGGUGGUGGUGGUUUUUUGGGAUUUGGUUUAUUUUUCUGUAGGAUCUGCAGACAUGAACAUGCCUAAAUUGAUACACUGGUCUUGCAGGGUAUCUUUUGUUCCUGUAGGACAAUAGCACUGCUACUCUUUGGCUGGGUGGGCUGCAAAACACAACUUCUGAGAUGCACUGAUCUCCACAAAGCUGUCUCCAACGACAAAGCUCAAAGCAAAUCAUUAACAGACCUUAGGGAUGUUUUUUAGGCUCGAGUAAGUCACUACUUCUGCCCAGCCCUAGGUGGGGUGAAUUCUGCUUGCUGCUACGGGGAGAAAUGACCCAGAGAGGGAGCUAAAAUGCUUGUAUUGCUGCUGAAAGGGGAAACAAUUAGCAGAGUUAUGCUGAGUUUGAUGUGAAUGUAGGCAGGAAAUGGACAAGGACAUCAGGAUGUGGCAAAUUUUUCUGCUGUGCUGGUGUUGGGCUCGUGGCUGGCACUGUUUGAUGCUGUGGGUCAACACUGGAAGCUUUGAUGCUGAAUCAGUUUCUGUGGGGAUGCAUUUUCAUUGUUGCAGGUGCCAAGAUGAGGUGUCCCUUUCCCUUCCCACUCCUGCUCCUUUUAGUCUUGUUUCAACAACUCUGACAUCUGUUACAGUAUGUAACUGUUACACAAGAUUUCAGACACAUUAGGCUUUUAAAGUGGUUUUAUAUAUUGUAUGUAAAUGCUUGUUGAGGUGAUAUUUUAUUAAACAGUUUUGCUCUAAAUGGGUCUCUGUGU